AUGGCAGCAGCAGCGAAUAAUUUCUAUAGCAUAGUUGCUGGGGUGGGCGCUGGUACUGGCCGUUCUGUAGCCAUCAAAUUCUCACAAACCUACCCCGUGGUCCUUCUGGCACGCAGCGCCUCCAAUUACGAACCCAUCGUCAAAGAGAUCAACGACGCCGGCGGGAAAGCUAUCGGGAUCUCGACUGAUAUUUCGUCGCCCACGUCAGUCAAAGAUGCGUUUGCGAAGAUAGGGGAGGAGUUCAAGGGGAAGAAAUUGGCGGCUGCGAUUUUCAAUGUGGGGGGAACGUUUAUCAGGAAGCCGUUUUUGGAGAUGAGUCUUGAGGAGUAUGAGGUGGGGUUUGCGGCCAAUGGAAAAGGCUUUUACCUCUUCUCCCAAGCCACGCUUCCUCUCCUUCUUGAAUCCGUCCCUACCUCACCAUACCCACCCUCCUUGAUCAUAACCGGCGCCACGGCUUCGGUACGUGGCUCAGCAACCAUGUCCUCGUUCGCCAGUGGGAAGUUUGCACUUAGAGCUACGGGACAGAGUCUGGCGAGGGAGUUUGGACCAAAGGGCAUUCAUGUCGCGCAUGUUAUUGUGGAUGGGGUUAUUGAUAUUCCGAGGACGAGGGAGUGGACGGUUAAUGGGGGUGUCCCGGAUGGGAAGAUUAAUAGCGAUGCUAUUGCAGACACAUAUUGGCAUCUGCACACACAGCCACGAUCACAUUUCACCCAGGAGCUGGAUUGCAGACCUUACGUCGAGAAGUUCUAG